AGCACGAUAGGUUGAUUCCUUCCACAUGCUACAGACAGACAACAUUGCUACCUCACGCUCCCAAUCAUCAACGUCAGUAUCAACAUUAAUUUCACAAUGGCAUCAUUUAAGUUGAACUCGGGCUAUUCAAUCCCAAGCAUUGGACUUGGGACUUGGCAAUCGAAGCCGAACGAAGUUGCUUUGGCAGUGGAAAGUGCAUUGAAGGCAGGAUGCAGACAUAUCGAUGCAGCUGCGAUAUACGACAACGAAGAUGAAGUUGGCCGGGGAAUCAAAGCCUCUGGUGUUGAUCGGAAAGACAUUUUCAUCACCUCAAAGCUUUGGAAUACGCACCACAAGCCCGAAGACGUCGAACGCGCACUUGAUAUCACCCUGAAGGACUUGCAGACAAAUUACGUCGACUUGUAUCUGAUCCACUGGCCCGUGUCGUUCCAAAAGACCGACGACAAGGAGCGAUUCCCCGUGAACCCCGCCACCGAGGAGAUCGCCGUCAUCGAAGUGCCCAUUAAAGACACCUGGAAGGUGAUGGAGGAGAUGGUGAAGAAGGGCAAAGUCCGCUCCAUUGGCGUAAGCAACUUUACGCGGGAGAAGAUUGAAGAUUUGUGGAAGACCGCAGAGAUCAAGCCGGCCGUGAACCAGAUUGAAGCGCAUCCAUACUUCCAGCAACCCGAGUUCCUUGAGUGGAUGAAGAAAAAUGAUAUCGUCGUGGAGGCCUAUAGCCCUCUCGGGAACAAUAUCUACAACCUGCCACGCGGAGUCGACGACAGCGCCGUCCUCAACAUCGCCAAGCGCCUCAACAAGCAACCCGCCCAAGUCCUCGUAAACUGGGCCCUACAGCGCGGCACCGUAGUGCUCCCCAAGAGCGUCACCCCGUCGCGCAUCGUCGCGAACAUGGAGAUAUUCGAGCUCUCAAAAGAGGACAUGGACACCAUAAACGCCCUGGAAAGGAACCACCGGUACAAUUUCCCGGCUAGACUCGGCGUGAACAUCUUCGGGGAGAAGACCGAGGAGGAGCUCCGCAAGAGUGUGGAGGAGUGGAAGGCGGCGCAGAGGAAGCUCAAACAGGGUUAAGCUAGACAUACAGUGUACCUAGACUAUAGAGUAGAUAGAGUAGAACAUAUCCGAUCAUGAGAUCAAUCAUGUUAUCUUCGUCUCUAUUGUGCCGUGUCGUUAGAUGAAGUCUUGGACCACCGGACUCGU